AUGGUGAGCUACAAGGCGGCCUUGUUGAUGGGCUUGGUGCGACUUUGCCAUGCCAUUGACGAUGCCAUUAUAGAAAAAAUUGGAAGAGGAGUUGGAACUGCCCUCAACUACGCUGUUUUUAGCAAGAAGGUCGCAUAUUCCAGUCCCGAGGAUUUUGACCCGGAGGGCGAAACUUUUGCGAGCUUCACCCUGGCUCCCGGAGACUCUAUAAAGUACUAUUGCGGAAGACCAUGCGACCGAAGGUCUGGAAGGAUUAAAAUGUACCCGGAGGACCCGAGAAGACAGACCUUGGCACCCAUGGUCAACAGUGGUUUUAAGGAUAGCAUCAAGCGGGUGCUAAACAACUUUGACGUUUUUAGGAGUGACCGCACUCUCAUUUACUAUUCUUGUGACUUUUUGGGCGGAGGAUACCUGAUUCAGUAUCCGAGGGACGCCAUUAUUGUCUCCAAGAAUUUGGACUUUUCCCUCAACUUUGCAUGCGUGUUUGAAGACGUUUACAGAUGGGUGGAAAUCAAGUUUAAAAAUGUAAUGCCAAUGCCCUAUGGAUGCGGGAGCGGCGAUGCAGAGCUUUUUGAUAACUUGUUGCCACUGGGUGGAUUGAGCUCAAUGCAUCAUAUAAGGUACUCUCCUGUUUGCGAAAUUGUUCCGGAGCCUGGCAUGAUUAUUGGCAUUUACUGCGCGACUGGAGAAACGUUUGAUGGCAAGGAAUGCUUUGAGCAGCGUACGGAUGAGGAUGGUGAUGAACCGCUCUUGUAUGACCCAGAGUUCAAGUUUACUGGACUUGCAUCAAAGUUGCAUUUGUUUAAAGUGCCAAAGGAGGGGUUUCCCAAGGACGUUUCCUUUAGGUGCAAAUGCUUUAAUCCGGCUGACCAACUAACUUCUCUGCUGAAAAUUGUCUCCUCUAGGGAAUCGGUUUGUGAUUUCAAGGCAAGUUUGGAUGAGGCUGGAGGUGAAUUGAAUAAGAUUGUCGCUGUGCCUUGCCGCAAGGAGCUCCAUCCAGGGGAUUCUUUGAGAAUAAUUACUCCCCUUGAUGACUCUGUUGUAAAGUACUCUGACUUGUAUUUUACCUCCAAAUUUGCCCCUGGUACUGAUACGGUCUUUGCUCAAGACUUGCAAGAGAAUGUUGUCAAGGCUGUACCUCUGACUGAUGUAGUGGCAUCAACUGGUCUAUCUGUUGAAGUUGUCGUUGCUCCAGGUGAUAGAGGCUAUAAGCUUGAAGACUAUGACUGGGUUGCAAAAAAGAGAAGGGUUGCUCCACAAGAGCAUGUAAUUCGGUACAAGAAGGACUCCAUAUUGGUCCUCAAGACUGAGCAUGCAAAUUUGACGUAUGAGUGGCAGCUUCACUUGGCUGGUGUAAUGUCGAGGGAUAGGGAGAGCAUUGUGAGGAGAACCAUUUCUGUCGGAUUGAUUCCAACGGAUCCCUACACAUUUGGUUGUGGAGCACGGGACAACCACAUUUUUAGAGAGGAUCGGGUGGACUUUAGAAUUGAACACUGGAAUAAAUUUGAUGCAAAGAAUGGAAGAGUGGAGUGCACAAUUGACGCGGAAAAGAUGAGUCCAGUUGGUUUUUAUUGCCCAAGGGGUGCAGUGCUGGAACCUGCGGGAUGCUUUGAAAAUGUCUUUGACGAGAAUGGCAAUGUUGUUGAACUAAAUGAUGUAACUAGUGGAGCACGAGUUUUUAGGGGACAACACAUUGUCGGUUUUGAAGUUUUACGAACCGAGGGAUCUGAUGGCAAGCAGAGAAUGGUCGAGUGCAAGUGCAGUGAUGUCGAUGGUAGAGUGUUGGCCACAAUAAAGGUUGUUGUACGGGCGUCUUAUGCGAGUCGUUUUAAGUAA